AUGGAUUAUCAUAAUUAUAAGAAUACUAAGAGACGCAGGAGGAAGAUUAAAUCCCCGGAAUAUUUGAGUUUAGAAAUGAUCUUGCGCAAGAGUUUCAUGGAGAGCAUGAAAGAGUACUUUCACAAUUGCUCCCUGGCGGGUGCGCGGCAGAUGUGUGAUCCCAAUAUUAGCGCAUUUCUAAGGAUAAUGUGGGCAAUAGUAUUCUGCGUAGCGUUGGGGACGAUGUGUUUUUUCCUGCAAUACAUAUGGUCGGGGAUGCUCGCGAAACCAUUCGUUGUUACCAUGGAGUCUUCUACCUACCCCAUAAGCUCCAUAGACUUCCCCGCCAUCGCCGUGUGCAACAUCAACAGAAUCAGCAAGAAGGCUUUGGCUAAAUUCGCCUUUGAAGUGUACCCAGAUAUUGCAUACAAGGAGUCACUGGAGGAAGUGGAAAAAGUCCUUUUAAACUUUGGUAGACUAAUUAAUUAUUCGUACAACGAAUCUUUGAAAAACAGCGAACUUUACCUUCGACUGGUUGAGAAAUACCGUUUUGAUGACCAACGAAUUGUUCAAAUUAUGAAAAUGCUUGCCCCCAGUUGCGAGGAAAUGAUCCUUAAGUGCGCCUGGGAGGGCAAGGUGGUAGACUGUCAAAAAAUCUUUUCCAUGCAGCGCAUCGCUAACAGGGGACACUGCUGUACUUUCAAUUAUUGGGCGCUGAAAAAAAACGCAGAGAUCAAAAAACAGAAAGAACCUGGUGUUAUUUACGGGCUGAAUGUAAUUUUGGAUCCACUGAUCGAUGACUACGCCUACCCUUUGAACAGCUUACAAGGAUUUGAUAUUUUAAUCCAUGAUUCAACACAUUUCGCGGACCCGAAUGCCGGUAGGGUGAUCCAUCGAAUAUGUGAACCAAACAUGGAAGUAUUCUUUGAACUAAAGUCCACAAAACAAAUAGCUACUCAAGAAAUUCGCAAGUAUUCCACUGAAACAAGGAACUGUUUAUUUCAAAACGAAUACUCAGAUUUCUUCGACAUCAAAUAUUCCUACAGCACUUGCAUAGUAUUUUGUAGGAUUGAUUCAAUAUUGUCUCUAUGCAAAUGCACUCCGUAUUUUUUCGCAAUAAAGGCUCUCCAAAAGGUUACAAAGGAUGCACCGGUGUGCACUUUAGAAAAUUUAAGCUGUCUUAACAAAUAUAGAGAAAAGUUUGCCUAUUUGUAUCCAGUGGAUGCAGAGGAUUUGCAAGGUUUAGAGUUAGAGAAGGAGAAUUCAUUAUUUUGUGGUGGAUGCCUGCCAGACUGUGAACUUACCCAAUAUUUUACGAAAUCAUACGAAAUACCUGUGAAGAAUACACAGUACGGAGAAAAGAAUUUGGAAGAUAUUUUUGUAAAGAACAUAAAUACAACCAACAGGAGCUUAUUACACAUUUUUCACCCACUUCCCAGCGCUACCUUAGAUCGGUUGGAUGUUGUUUACUAUUGGUUUGAAGUCUUGAGUAACAUAGGCGGCUUCUCUUGUGUUGUAAUUGGAUUUUCUUUCGCCGCGGUCGAUUAG